AUGUUCUCGCGCACGCUACUUCCAUUACUCCUUGCCUGUACGUCAGUACACGGCGCAGCGAUCAACCCUCGCCAAUCGGCCAAGACGCAAGUGGACAAUCUCCAUGGCCAGUAUGUUGCAAGCACGGAGGCUGCCCUGGGCGGCACCUGUACCAAGGAGAACAUUGCCACCAGGAAAGAAUGGGGCAACCUGUCCGAGCAAGAGAAGCUCGACUUCAUCUCAGCAGUUCAAUGCAUGCAAGACCUACCAUCACAACUGGCCWCGGGCUUCUACCCAGAUGCCAAGAACCGUUGGGAUGACUUCAGCGUCGCUCACACCCUCAACACAGCAGACAUUCACUGGUCCGGCCUACUACUACCAUGGCACAGACACUUUGUAUGGGUCCUGGAGAAGACCAUGCGGGAGGAAUGUAGCUAUCCCGGCUACAUGCCUUAUUGGGAUUACAGCAAAUACCUCGACCAACCCUUCGACAAGAACCCCCUCUUUGAUGGCUCGGAAACAUCCAUCGGCGGCAACGGAACUGGUCCGAACAAUUGCAUUGAAGAUGGACCUUUUGUCAACUUUACAGUGAAUAUCCCACCGCCUGAUGACACGGCCAGUAUUCAGCCCAACCCACGUUGUAUCAAGCGGAACAUCAAACCCGAGGGCUAMAUGCAGAAGUGGUAUUCGUAUUCGAAUGUUUCGGAUCUACUAUCCAACCACGAUGACAUCGUCUCCUUUCACUACGAACUCGAAAAGACGGACGGAUAUCACAGUCUCCCUCACACAUAUGUUGGCGGUCUACAGGACAACAUCUACGUAUCCUCUCAAGACCCAUUCUUCUUCUUCCACCACGCAGCCAUGGACCGUAUGUGGACCAUUUGGCAAGCCCUGGACUUUGACACCCGAACCUACACCUUGGAUUCCGACACCUAUUUCCCGCUUCGAACAACAGCUUUCAAUUUCAUUGGAGUUCCAGAGGCUCAACUCGAUACUGUUCUGUAUAUGUCGCCGAUUUUCCAGAAUUAUACGAUUCUGGAUGCUAUGACCGCUACGAGCAAUAUUUACUGCUAUAAGUACGACUAG